CUCAUGGCUUUCUAAGGGCAUGUUGACCUUCUUUUUAUUUUUAUUUUUUUGGUUCUUUCAUUAAUACAUCUAUCCUUCCGUUGCUUCUGCUCUAUUUGAACAAGCCAUGGAAGUUCACAGGUGUCGAUUCGUCGACUACAUCCCCUCCGCCAUCAAUGCCCUUUCAUUUGCACCCAACACUACUAGACCUAUCCUUGCUUGUGGACGGGCCAAUGGAGAUAUCGAAGUCUGGAACCCAAAGCACGAGUGGACCUUGGAAAAGGUUAUUCCUGGAGGCAAAAAUACAUCUGUAGAGGCUCUUGCUUGGGCCCAUCAAACGAUAUUGACUGAAGACGAAGAUUUUUGGGAUUCUGAAAGGGAGAAGCAGGCUGCCAUCAAGAAGUUAAUCAAGACACCUCCUAGACUCUUUUCAGCUGGAUUGAAUGCUGUUGUCACUGAAUGGGAUCUGACAACUUUGAAACCGAAGCGAUCGGUCGAUUCUCAUGGAGGCGCUGUUUGGUGUAUGGCCACCAACCAUGCAAACACUAUCCUAGCUGUGGGAUGCGAAGAUGGUUGCGUUCGUCUUUUUGACAUUGCAGACGGAGAGCUGGCGUUUAUCAGAUCAUUCGACAAGCAAAAGACUAGGAUCUUGUCAUUAGCAUGGUCACAGGAUGAUAAGCACAUGGUCACUGGGUCCGCAAAUAGCAGUAUAUAUAAAUGGGACGUUGAGGCUGGACGUGUUGUGUCGCGCAUGACUGUUGAUCGUGUUUCUGGUGAGGACACCCUCGUGUGGUCCGUCAAGGUCUUAUCCAACGGCGUCAUCGUCAGUGGCGAUUCCUUGGGGCAUGUCAAAUUCUGGGAUGGAUCAAAUACAACCAUGAUCCAGUCUUUCAAUGCCCAUGGUGCCGAUGUUCUCUGCCUUGCUGUUGGAAAAGAUGCUACCUCUGUAUUUUCAGCAGGAGUCGAUCGCAAGUGCAAUCAGUACCGCUUUGUAGAACAGCCUGCACCAAAGAUGACAGGAAAGAAUGGAAAGAAUGGAAAGAACGGAUCAGUCACUGGUAAAACAGAGAUGGUUACAAAAUGGAUCCUUACUGGAUCAAGGCGGUUCCAUUCACACGAUGUCCGCGCAUUGGCUUUGGAUGAAAGCAGGAAUGUUGAUGCACUGGUUUCUGGAGGGGUGGACGUAACAAUGGUCGUUUGCUCAGCUGCUCAGUUCCUUGAGAACAACCAACGUCGAUUGACGUAUGUCCCCCAAAGGCCUGUUGUUUCUUUCAGUAAGAGCAAACGUCUUCUUCUUUGCAGGCAGGAGCGUGGUGUCAAAGUCUGGCGUCUUGGAAAAUCUGCUGCUGCUGUUCUGCCAUUCUCAGAAAUUGAAAUUGGAGCACAUAUGGACUUGAUUGAGCCCCAGCAGGCGAUGCUUGAGAUGACUUUUAAGGAUGAUCGCAACCUCACAGCCUCUGCACUAUCAGAAGAUGGUCAUUGGAUCGCUGUUGCCGAUGUCGAGGAAAUCAAGCUCUUUCGAGUUGAUGAACAUCCCUCACAUCCUGGCAAGCUAAUGGUCAGGAAACAAAGGUCAUUCCCAGGUGUUCGUGGAACUGGAGCACACUAUCUGGCAUUCACCCCUGAUAGCACUCGUCUUGUCGUUGCGUCUACAGAUUCAAAUGUCGUUGUCGUUGACAUUUCUCAAUGGGAAAGUGGGAAGUUUGAUAUUUUGCGCAGAUUUGGUCAGCAUAGAGGCACAGACGGAAAGGAUCUAGAGUCUAUGGAUGUUGAUGAAGAAGAUAUUACUGGAGAGCAUGAUCAAGUCGAGACUGUUAUUUUAAUGUCUGUCUCUGCUGAUGGACAAUGGUUGGCUACUGGCGAUCUCAAAAACAGGAUCUUUGUCUUCAAUCUUGACACACUUCAGCAUCAUGCAACCCUUCCAGUUUUCGACGCCCCUAUUACAGCUCUUCAGUUUCACCCAUACUCACCCACCCUGGUCAUCCCCACGGCCAGUAAUGUCUUUUAUCUCUUCAAUAUUGAAACACGUCGCCUCACGGAUUGGUCUCGUGAAUUUUCUUCGGAUAAACAGUUCCCAACUAAAUUCCUUGGUCUCAAAGACAAGAUCCAAGGGAUCGCCUUCAAUCCCGCUCGUAAAAACACGUUGCUCGUUUGGGGCGCCAACUAUAUCUGCCAUGUGGAUCUGGAGCAAGGUGUUGGUGAUCGCAAUGCUAUUUUGAAUGUCGGUAAAAGGAAACGGGUGGAUAGGGCACAGGAUCAACUGCGGAAGCAACAACGGGAACGUAGGAUGAAAAAGUAUGCAGAUUUGGGCAUCGUUCCAAUGCCCGAGCUCGAGUCUGGGAACGCUGUGGUGGUAUUAGAGGGCAAAAAGGCGCGUAAAGUGUAUGCUGCCUCCACAAAUUCGACUGAAGAGGAAAAGACAGAGGACAUUAACUUUCAGUUGCUGCACAAGUUCCAACCUCUGAUGUUUGUAGACUUUGUAGAAGACAAUUCUCUGGUUGUGGUUGAACUCCCGUUCAUCAAAAUCUUGUCGAGCUUGCCACCAAGCUAUUACCGCGCCAGCUACGGUACAUAA